UGAAAAAGUCUCAGCUGGAAAUAAUCAAAAGAGAAGAAAAACGUGAGGAAUUCAAACUAUGAUACAAUUUCGGAGAUAGUUUCAAGUUGCGAAGGUUCACCGACUUGGUAUGACGACGACAUUUCCGAAACGUGAAGAUUUUUAACAUCACUGAGAUUUCGUGGUUUCAAAAACUGACUUGAGAGAGAGAGAGAGAGAGAGAGAGAGAAUAGUCGCGGCGUGUUUACUCGGUUUCUUCAGGGCUGUGUCAGUGCUGGUACUCUUCCGCGUGGGAGCGCGGGGACCGCGUGGGUGCGGCCUCUCGCCAAUCGUCUCGCGUUUGCUCUCUCUAUCGCUCGCGGUGUGGCUCGACGAGACGCGCUCUCUCUCUUUCAGAGUAGGUCCUACCGUUUUUUCUUUUUCGAUUCGACGGUCCCUACGUUGUGCUUCGACACACUCCCCCUAUCUUUCUUCCUCUCUGUUACCCUCCACGAUAUUAAGCGUUCAGGGGUGUACACUCUCGGAGAGUUGGAAUUUCACCAUGGAGAUUCUCCGCGUUGCGUAUCUUGUUAUCGAAUAACAAUCAUCCCAACAACGUUAUUCUUACAUUAGAUCUUACGUCGAAAUUACGAAUUUUUUACUACGCUAACCCCUGUAGUGAAAUCAUCGGCGAAUAUUUCUCGGCUGUCAAAUUUUUUUAUACGUGAGGUUUAUGAUAGUGACGUUACCGUUACGUUAGAUUGAUUCGAUGUAAGGUUUCCAUACAGAGACUCCGGGCUGUCGCUGUCGUCGCGUUCGAUGAAGGGAGGUGGCGCGUCGAGCGCAACAUCCGCACCUGAGAUGGCGUUCCCCACCGAAGAGAUCCGACGGUUUCCCCACCUUGCGGUCGGUCGGUCGUCCCUUCAUCCCGCCGUGCCGCGACAAGUCUAAGUUGGCCUCAGUCUGUCGUGUGCCGUUGUUGAGCGAGGCGUAGUGUCGCGUACGUAAGAUAGGCGUUGGUGGCUAAGGCGCGACAUUUGUGUGUGUGUGUACAUGUGUGUGCGCGCGCGCUCGCUAUAGAAAGUGUAUAUCUGCGGUAAAAGCGCGCGUGCGUGCGUGCGUCACUCGUCGUGCGUGCGUGAGUGAGUGAGUGUGUCUGUGUGUGUCCCACACGAUGCGUUAUUAACACGUUUGCUAGUGUGUUUGGUACGCGCGUGUCUGCCUGCUCUACCUGUCCGCUUGCCUGCCUGCCUGUUCCAAAUAUCGCCGUGGCUUCUGUUCGUUUCGACAACGACAAUUACUGUCGCAAAUACAGGAACACGUCGAGGCAUGACGGCGACGCGGGAGUGUUAUCCAAAACGAGAUUGCCCCGGGGUCGGCACGUCCUCCGGGCCGGCCGGCAAGGAAGUUUCCUAUCACGGGAACGUGGGUGGAUCCAGCGUGGGAUAUAAGUCGCCCCCGCAGCACGGAAGUCCGCAGACGAGGGGCCCGCAUUUCCCCCAGGAGCCGGUGGUAGGUCCGCAAGCCAAUUCCCCGCCGUUGCACAUCAAUAUCUGCGGACAGGAGAACACGAUGCGUGGCCCGAUAUUGAACAUGAGUCCCGGCCUUGGAGCCAGUGGAGUAGACAUAGAGUACCGUAGAAAUUCUCAAGCCACAAAUCAGCUACCUCUGAGUCCCGUGCAGAUUCAACCGUCGCCGCCGUACUACAGACAGCCUAGUCAGGACGAUGGUAGAAAAAGUGAAUCGCCAUCCAGGAAGCGUCGUCGAAUAUCCCGCAACGGCGCCGUGUCCGGGAUAGAGGUCCGGGAAACAACGCCGCCGGCUCCGACGCCACCUCUGCACACAACUCCGUCGCCCUGGGAGUAUUCGGGCGCGCCUCAACGGCGUUCGCCCCGCAAUCACAUGUCCACCCGCGGCAGCCCGACGAUCAGGAACCGUUAUCAGCGAUACACGGAUUCGUUCGGGCUCUCCUAUCCUUUCCUACCAGGUCAUAAUCCUCAUCAGACCAUCCAUAACUCCCAUCUGCACAGUUCCCAUCACAACAUUCACAGCUCCCACCACAGUCACCACAACAUCCAUAGCGCUCAUCAGACGCAUCAUCCCCCUGGCACGGGACACCACCACGCGCAAGGUGCGAACGCACCCGUGCCACUCGUCGACGUGGGCCAAGUCGGCGUGUCCGGUUUGGGGGUCGCCGUUAGCGGGGAACCUCUGUGGCAUCCUCCGGCGACUGGUUACAGGAUUCCGUGUCAACUUCACAGCAUCUACACGCCUCACGGGACGCAUCCUUUCGGACAUUCGUGCCAGGUCACGCAUCACCAUAGUCAUUAUUCCGCUGCUCAUCCGACGCAUCCGGGUCAUCCGGGUGUGGUUAGUUCUUUGCUCGGCGCUGCUUCCAGAGGAUAUCCGACACCAGCCGGUGGUCCUGUAGCAGCGCUGCAUCACGCACCUCCACCGCCCGUCCAUACUACCGACUACACCGCGCAUCAUCAACUGUCUCAACAGAGGGAGGUCGAGCUAGAGUUAAUAGAUUCUCACCAUCAUCAUAGAGUGGGUGCCGCCGCUGGUGCACCGUUGCCAUUACCGCAUUCCUAUUCUCCGCCAACCAUCACGCAAGUUACAACACCGCCGCCUCUAUUCCUGUCGGAGACGCGAAACAAUCAAUUGGAAAUCAUUCAAAGCAGGACUCGACGAGUAGCGUCCAAUGUACAUACGCUACGGCGACCGAGAUACAGCAGAUGGAGAGGCACCACCCCGCUACCGCCUAUGACGUAUCCGGGAUAUUUACUGCACUUCCUGGCAAUGUUCAGCAAUCCACCGUUGUCACCCUACAGUCAGGCCGAAUUAUCCUCGCCCGACUCUGCGACGGAAAACUACGAGGCGCUCUUGUCCUUGGCCGAAAGACUGGGCGAGGCGAAGCCACGAGGAUUGACUCGUGCGGAGGUCGAGCAGCUGCCCUCAUACAAAUUCAAUGCGGAAACGCAUCAAGGCGAUCAGACAAAUUGUGUCGUGUGCAUGUGCGACUUCGAGGCUCUCCAAUCGCUGCGUGUUCUACCGUGCUCCCACGAAUUCCAUUCUAAAUGCAUCGACAAGUGGCUCAAGUCCAACAGAACGUGUCCGAUAUGUCGCGGUGAUGCCGGCGAAUAUUUUGGAAAUAGCAGCGGCAGUACUGACUGACGUCAGGCUGGCGACGUACACUAGCGUGAAACUUGGCGGGAGGGUUAUUUUGCACGGAGAUCGUGCAAACCCUUGUCUCCCUUGUCUCAUUGGCCGAGAAACACCGAGAAAUGACACGGUCGUUCGUCAACGAGCGCCGAAAUUAGUGAUAAUGAAACACAAGCGUUGAAGUAGUUUCAGAUCUCGUUGGUCUCGGGGGAGAUGUGCGCACGAUCGAAGAGAGGCGUAUUUCCGCUUAAUAGCGACGGAACACGAGUAUAACGCGCAAUAAAGCAAUUUAGCGAAACGACGAGCGUUCCGUUCGCUCGUAUUUCCUAUCAAAAAGAAAGCUUUCAUUUUGUUUGCUUCAAUUCAUAUUUUAACGCUCCUUUAUUGUUCCGUAUUAUUGAACUUAUGUACAUAUAAUCAUCGUAUACACAAUCCCUCGUCGUUUUCUUCUCUCUUUCUUUCUCUUCGAUUCUCUAAUUGUACAUAUUCGCGCGUGAAACUUACAUAUGUGUGUGCGAUACAGCCGAGU